AUGGCCGAGAUCACAAUUACCGGAUUCAAGUCGCGCGAUGUGCGCUUUCCGACAUCGCUCGAUAAGACUGGCUCCGAUGCCAUGAAUGCUGCCGGCGAUUACUCUUCCGCCUACUGCAUUCUGGAAACAGACUCUCAAUAUGCUGGCCAUGGCAUGACCUUCACCAUUGGCCGCGGAAACGACAUUGUCUGCGCUGCGAUUGACCAGGUUGCCGAUCGCCUCCGUGGCAAGACUCUGUCCUCCCUCGUCGCAGACUGGGGCAAGACUUGGCGCUAUCUCGUUUCGGACAGCCAGCUGCGCUGGAUCGGUCCGGAGAAGGGCGUCAUCCACCUCGCUCUCGGCGCGGUCGUCAAUGCCGUCUGGGAUCUCUGGGCCAAGGUUCUCGGCAAGCCCGUGUGGCGCAUUGUCGCUGACAUGACUCCCGAGGAAUAUGUUCGCUGCAUCGACUUUCGCUACAUCACCGACGCCGUCACGCCCGAGGAGGCGCUGGAAAUGCUUCGUUCUUCAGAACCGGGCAAGUCGCAGCGCAUCGAGGAGGCGCUUGCCGACAAGGCUGUUCCCGCGUACACAACCAGCGCUGGGUGGCUAGGCUAUGGCGAGGAUAAGAUGAAGCGUCUGCUACAUGAAACGCUUGACAAAGGCUACAAGUACUUCAAGCUCAAGGUCGGCGGUAGUGUCGAGGAAGACCGUCGUCGUCUGGGCAUUGCACGCGACGUCAUUGGCUUUGACAAGGGUAACGUGCUCAUGGUGGAUGCCAACCAGAUCUGGUCCGUGCCCGAGGCCAUUGAGUACAUGAAGCAGCUGAGCGACUUCAAGCCUUGGUUCAUCGAGGAGCCUACAUCUCCCGACGAUAUCUUCGGCCACAAGGCGAUUCGCGAAGCCCUCAAGCCCUAUGGCAUUGGCGUAGCCACUGGCGAAAUGUGCCAGAACCGCGUUAUGUUCAAGCAGCUUCUCAUGAACGGCGCCAUCGACGUCUGCCAAAUUGACGCUUGCCGUCUCGGUGGUGUCAACGAGGUUCUGGCUGUCCUGCUCAUGGCCAAGAAGUUUGGCGUGCCGAUUGUACCGCACUCGGGUGGCGUUGGCCUGCCCGAGUACACCCAGCACCUCAGUACCAUCGACUACGUCGUUGUCAGCGGCAAGCAGUCGGUACUAGAGUACGUGGACCACUUGCACGAGCACUUUUUGCAUCCCUCCGUCAUUGCAAAUGGCUACUACCGCACACCGACGGAGCCGGGGUACAGUGUCGAGAUGAAGCCAGAGAGUAUGGACAAAUUCACCUACCCAGGUGAGCAGGGCGUGAGCUGGUGGACAAGCGAGGAAGCCAAGCCAAUCCUGACGGGCGAGAAGAUUUAG